AUGGCGCUGUCUGACGCAGAUGUUGCUUCUUCCUUGGCCGAACCAGACCCUAGUACAAAGGACUUUAUCUUUCAGCAGACUAUGCUGCGAGUAAAGGAUCCUAAGGCGUCACUGGAUUUCUACACCCGUGUAAUGGGCAUGAGGUAAGCUUAUGUAAAAUGACAAAAUAUAUAAGCUUAAGUCUUAUUUUAAGGCAGUCAUUGCCCAAAUAAUGGGCAGUAGGGUUUUGAAUUAUGCAUGAGAGAAAUUUUGGUUUAGAAAAGCUAGUUCGGGUGCAAUUUGGAGAGGUUGAUACCACUUACGUUAUGCAGCAAGCUCUCCACACAUGGCCAUUAAUUUAAAAAUUUAUGGUUGGUAGGGGUGGGGAGGGGGUGUGUCAUCAAGUCAGCUGAAUGGGGUGUACAACAGGUUUUCAGAGGUUGAAAAGUUCAAAUCUUAUUACAGUGCAACUUCUGUAACUGGGGCCACUGAGACAAAGUUGAAUGAUUGGAUCACAGGAAAAUAACAUUAAAUUCCGAGAAAGUUGGUCGUGGGCCAAUCAGCUGUUCAUAAAAAAAAAAAAACAAUUUACUCAAAGCACAAAAUUUAAAUAUUGACAGUAAACAUUUCUCAAGAAAGGAAAAUGUUUCACCAAAAAAUGUUUUUCUAUUGGAAACUUUACAUAUAACACCCAGGAGACAUACCGUAUUAAUUUGUUUGACACAAGCUGUUAUUUUGUCAUCUACCAGCAAUUUCGUCACUACCAGCUGUGCUUUCAUCAUGACCUUAAGUCAAAAAUUAACUAAUAUUUAUGUUUUUUGUCUGCGUCAUCCACUCUAUCAGACCUCUCAGGUAACAUGGUUUUUUUUGAGAGGGUUCAAAAGGUCACAUGUGUAGGUUGUAAUUGGUUGAUUUUGAUCCAUGUUGGGUCAAUUGGAUUAUGAUUGACAACUAACUUUCUCAGAAUGUAUUGUUAUUUUCCUGUAAUCUGAUCGGUCAACUUUGUCUAGGUGGCCCCGGUUAUAGUAGUCGCACGGUAAGUAAUAAAUUUUCCUCAAGUGAAUCAGGUCCGUCACUAAGGGCCAGGGGCUUGAAAUUUCUGCUUACUAUGAGCGCUACCCCCAGAUACUUUAAUAGAGAUGAAACAAAAGGAAAAUAGAAUGUAAAUCACUUUUUAGCUGUUCAAUUUCCUGCCUACUAAUUGCAUCCCUACCAAGCUGCUUUAAAUCUAUCAGAUGACAGUUCUGCUUGAUGGUUGAUACCAGUCAUUUAAUAACAACAAUCUUUUAAAUUUGGUCAGCACUAGCUGGUCAUGAAAAAUUAGGAAGGGGAUUGAGGUCAUUCAGAAAUGGUGUCCCCUGAAUGAAUAACAAUCCCAUACACUUCUAAGUAGCUUAAAAUUGAAAUCUGCUCUCCUUGUAAAUUUGGUGAUUUUCACUAGAGUGACCUCUGCUACGACAAUAAAUCAGUGAUUUUGUUACCUCUGCGUCCUGCAUCCCUGGCGCAUAAAAAUCCCCCAAAAAGGCAAAAUAAUUCAUGGCAUGCCUUUCCUAAGAUGCAAAAAUUGAUUGAUCGAUCUGAACAUGUUUUUUGUGAAAUUAUCCUGUUCACUUAAUUUCUGUGGCAGUUAUUAUGGCUUUUGUUUAAGGAUGCAUAAUUCUUUAAGCCAUUGUUGUGCUGUAAAAUAGAAGGACUAUAUUUUAAUUUUAUUAUACUGUAAUAUAGAGUUUUGGAGUCUGUCUUCAGAUUAACUGUCUGGUUACAUAAAAGGCCAAGCAUUUUCAAUUUCAGACUCAUUUUUUUUUCUUUAACUGGUUCUGGACAGGGACUCAUGAUUUUCAGAAGAUGAAUCCCAGGACUCAACAUAACUAUUUGUAACAAAGUCACUGAAUAAAUCACAACUAUAUUUUGCCUUUUUUUUAUGUACUUAGGCUUCUUAAAAAGUUACAUUUCCAUGAGAUGAAAUUUUCCCUUUAUUUUCUGGGAUUCGUGGAUGCAGCCAGUAUUCCAAGUGAUGAAGAUGAACGAACCAAAUGGCUUUGUGCCCAGAAAGCAACUUUGGAACUAACUCAGUAAGCUGUGUCAACCUUAGUAUUAACUUACAUAGCACAGAAGUGAGAAAACGGGCUUUAAAUUCAUUGUUUCUUAAUAAAUCGGUAAUAUGCCUAUUAAGCUGUAUCCCAUUUGGGUGGGGUCACUUCCUUAUUAGCCUGCACCUGGGCAAGCCACAGGACAGGGUAUAGGAUUUGUCCUGUCAGAUCCUGUUGGUGAUUUUCUGUCAGUGUUAGGUUUGUCCUUUGUCAUAAACAGGAAGCUAUUAAGAACAGAUGUCGUUGCUGUAUUUAAAUUUAGUAUGAGCAGUAUCCCUAUGCCCAAAUUUGGAUCAAGUACCCUCUCUACCCCUGGAAAAGUUCCUAAAUUGAAAUUGUUCUGCUUUUAAUCCUGACAGCAACUGGGGAAGUGAAAGUGAUGAUGCAGUCAAAUACCAUGAUGGAAAUUCUGAACCAAAAGGAUUUGGUGAGAAAAUACUCAGCAGUAGUCCCUUCAAUCAUUCUUUUAAUAACAAUACCAUACAUCAAUAAUUAUUACGAACAAUCAAAUUUGAUUUCAGGUUAAUUGUGAUUUAACCUAAUUGUUGGUUAAAAAUUUUAACCUGAAAUCAAAUUUGACCAUUAACAUAAACACCUUCAUGUAUGAAAGGCAUCUAAAUGAUGUCCACUGGUCAGUUAUCAUCACUGUCUUAUUCUUGUCUGUCCAGGGCACAUCGGUUUUGUUGUACCAGAUGUGGACAAGGCAUGUGAACGGUUUGAGAAGAUGGAAGUAAAGUUUGUAAAGAAACCUAAUGAUGGUAACCAUGAUUUUCUUGAGAUUUUCCUUUACCAGGAGCCCAUGUAUGCCUAUAAUUUACUUAAUAUGUAUGUAAUUUGCAGUCAAAUAACAUUGCACUCACUAUCUUUCUUCUCACUGGUUAAGAUCUUUUAAGUACAGUUAAUAUUGUGGAAAGCAGCAUGGUGUAGAGAUUAGUCACUAUCUAAUCUGCUAGCAGAUGGGUGAAUAAUCUGUAAGGUGCAAUUUAUGUUUUCUAUGAGAGAAUGAUAAUUAUGUUUCUUGUAUUAGGAAACUUGUUGUUUGUGUCUUUUAGGCAAUGUAUUACAGUUAUUAGGUUUGGUUUUUAUGACAUCCAAAAUAAUCAAGGUCUUGGUAAAAAAAACAGCUGAGGCAUAACCUAAUCCAGACAUCACAAUACUAAUUUAUAUUGCUUAAUAAAGUAACAAAAUUUGGUUUUAUCUAAGCAAAAUUCUGAUAAAGUUUUAGGUUUUGUAGGUUGUUUACUAGACUGUUCACAGUCCCCUAUUUUUCCGUAAGAUUGUCGAGAUUGAGUGCUUUGCAUUACGGGCUGCCAUCUUGAAUGAGUGUCAAAACUACUUGGGAGGCAGGGGUGGAUGGGAGGAACUGAGAAAAAUAUGUUUCAUGCCCCCUCCCCCUAGAGCUAUGAUCCCCGAUGCCUGCCCCUCAGUACAUUUGAAAAUCAAGCUGGCCACCAUUAAUGGUUAGACGCACUAUAUCUCGAUCAUCUUGCUGAAAAAUAGAGGAUUGUGAACAGUCUAGUUGUUUACUCACAGGGUUGCUUUAUGGUUAAUGUAAAAUUUUAAUGUUACUUUUGUCCUGGUUACAGGUAAAGUCAAAGGCAUAGCGUUUGUUCAAGAUCCUGAUGGCUACUGGAUUGAACUUCUUAAUGGGGAAAACCUGCUGAAAGCUUCUAAAGAAUGGUGUUCAUAA